GCUAAGUGUUGAGGAGAGUGUGAGAGGAGAGAUAACACUACAAAUUUACACCUGACACAUACACAAAAACACUCUCUCUCUACUCUUUCUCUCUCUAAACUCAGUCCUCGCUAUCUUCUUCUUCUUCUUCUUUCUUCUUUUUGGGUUUUUCUUUCUGGGUUGAUUCUCUGAUUCAUUAAUUUCUGGGGGGUUUUUCGUUUUUGGUUCCCCUUAAUUAAUUGAUAUGGAGUUCGAGGAUCAAGAGGAGCAUGACGAAGAGAUGGAGAUGGCGGCGAGUUACGACUCGCUCGGAAACUCAGCGGGUGGCGUCCGGGUCAAAAUGUCGAGUUCUGGACCCGAGGGCGUAGCAGCAAUAGCGGCGGCGGCGGCGGCGUCUCAGCAGCAGCAGCAGCAACAGCAACAGCAACAGCAACAGCAGGAGAGGAAAGGGGCCGCCAGCGACCCGGGCGGGCUCGCGCUCAUGACCGCAGACCCGUACGGGCAGCUGGUGCCGCUCCACGGGCAGCACAACCACCCGCAGUUCUCGCCGUACUACCGUACGCCAGCAGGGUACCUCCACGUGGCACCGCACCACAGGCCGCUGGCGCUGCCUUCGACGUCGGGAGGGGGCGGGACCCAUAGCAGGGGGGAGGAGCAGGAGGACGACAUGUCGAAUCCUAGCGGAGGCGGCGGCGGUGGAGGGGAUUUGGGAAUGGGAGGGGGUUUACAUGGAACGGCGUCUUCCGGGAAGAAGAGGUUCAGGACGAAGUUUACGGCCGAGCAGAAGGAGAGGAUGUUGACUUUGGCGGAGACGCUGGGGUGGAGGAUUCAGAAGCAGGACGAGCCGGCGAUUCAGCAGUUCUGCAACGAGACUGGAGUGAAGCGUCACGUCCUCAAGGUUUGGAUGCAUAACAACAAGCACACUCUGGGGCCUUCAAAUGAUGAACCCAACCCGAGUUGAAAAGGGAUGAUGAUCUUUGGGACCUAGCUUUCAUAUUCUCUGGUCUGUUUCUUUCUGCUACCAAGUUUUUGUCUUUGCUCUUUCUUGCAUUGCAAACACUGCUUUUACUUUUGCAGUAAUGAGUGCAGAAUAUAUAUAUAUAUAUAUAUA